AUGAGGAACCUAUUUCUAUUUGCCGCCCUAUCGGCGAAUGCACUGUCAGAGGCUACCUUUGAGCCGUCACACUUUAACGUCACUGAGGCACUGCUUCGAAAUGGCGUCCAUGCGUCGUGUGAGACCUUGAACCGCAUCUUUGGUGAUGAUCAAGUGGAUAUGCAAUCCGAGUCUGUAUACAAGGCAUUUGUUAGUGCCUACUGGUCCGACCAGCAAAAGGUCAUGUCGCCCAAAUGCGUCUUCAAACCGCAGAAGUCCCUAGAUGUAUCCACAGCUAUUCUCGUCGCUCGUCUUACGGAUUGCAAAUUUGCGGCGAAAAGUGGUGGACACUCCGCAGUAGCAGGAGGAUCGAACAUUCAGGAUGGAAUCACGAUCAGCUUCGAGAGGAUGAAUCAGACAACACUGUCUGCUGAUAAGAAGAGCGUAUCAUAUCAGCCUGGCCAGACUUGGGCUCAGGUAUAUGACAAAUUGGCCAAGGACAACGUGGGCGUUCUUGGAGGGCGAGUUGCUGACGUUGGUGUUGGUGGAUUGACCAUGGGCGGAGGCAUAUCAUUCUUCUCGAGCAUGUAUGGCUUAGCUUGCGAUAACGUCAUUUCGUACGAACUGGUUACUGCCUCUGGACGCAUAAUCAACGUCGACAAAACCUCAUAUCCCGAUCUUUACCAGUGUUUACGAGGUGGUGGCAAUAACUUUGGUCUUGUCACAAAGUUCACUGUAGUCGCCAUUCCUAGGCAGGGGAACAUGUGGGGUGGAGCGCGACUCUACCCUGCAGCCGUGAGCCCUGCUGUUAUCAAGGCUUACUACAACCUCGGUAUGAGCGCAACAAAGGACCCAAAGUCCCAUCAAAUCGUGUCGUUUGGCGUCCUUCCCCAGGUUGGUCAGGUAUCCCUUGUCCAACUGGACUAUGCCGAUCCAACUGGCAACGCUUCUGUAUUCUCCGAGUAUAACGCGAUCCCAGGAGCCAUACAGGACUCUACAGGAAUCAAUAGCCUUUCGAAUUUGACACGUGCACUGGGUGUCCAGCCUGACUCAGGGUCUCGACAGUUGUUCCGCAGUUGGACUGCCAAGCUGGAUGAGGACAUGGCGAACACUAUCAAGAACAUAUACUUCGAGGAGCUCCCCAGUAUUCUUAACGCAACAAGAAUUCUUCCCGCUCUAGCCCUCCAGGUUCUCACCCAACCGAUUAUAGAGAAGACUCAUUCGAACGGAGGCAAUGUACUCGGUCUCGACCCUAAAGGUGGACCCCUUUUAUUGGCCUUGAUCUCGAUAUCUUGGGCCGAUAGUGCCGACGACGAACGGCUUCACCAGUUCACAGCGAGAGUGGAGAAGCGCGCCGUCGCCGCAGCAAAGGCCAAAGGCAAACAUAACGACUACAUUUACAUGAACUACGGAAGCCAGUAUCAAGAUGUUGUUGCUGGUUAUGGUUCAGCUAACAAAGCUCGAAUGAUUGCCGUCUCUCACAAGUAUGAUCCGCAUGGUGUGUUUCAGCAGCUUCAGCCGGGUUACUUCAAGCUCAAUGGUGCGCCACAGCUUGGGGCUUGA